AAACCCCAAGACAAUAGUAGAGAAACAAAAGACAACGAGGUAGUCUGGGGAGAGGAUGAGAAGGAAGUGGAGGUUAAACGGUACUUCAGAGCCGAAUAUUUCACAGAAGAGGAGACCAAUCAUAAAAUGUUACGGGUCUACGUAGAUAAAAGAAUAACAAUUGGCCAGCUGAAAACAGAGAUGCAGCGAUGGGUAGGAGUGUCCCAUGAACACUUCAAACUCUUCAAAAUAUACUCUAACAGUCAAGAAUUUGAAUGCACUAAAAUGACGGAAACCUUAGCAUCGUAUGGCGACAACACCAGAUUGAGUGUGAGGUUGGGAAGAGCACUACUACCAGGGGAGCAAAGAGGAAAGGUUUACAUGUUAGAGCCUGACAAUAUUGAUGAUCCUGCUCGAUUCCUCAUUGACUGGGUUGUAUGUAAGGGUGACACUGUUGGCAGUGCCAAGAAAGCCAUUGUAAAGGAAGUAAAUACACGGUGUAAUAUGAACCUAAUCCCAGAAAAUGUGCGAUUACGGAAAAAGAGUUGGAAGAAUCCACAGACGAUAUACCUCGAUGAUCAAAAGUUUGAUGAUGACAUCUCUCUCUAUUCAAACUGGGAGCUUUUCCUCCAGGUUAUAGAGGGGCCUGAACCCAGAAGAAGCAAUGCUGAAGAGUUAGCCAUUUUUGUAAAGAGAUGGAGACCAUCAAUGUACACCACUGAUCCCCUUGUCGAGAUAAUUAUAUCUAAACCAACUGCUGAAGUCCUUAAAGAAAAGUUAUCUGAAAUAUCUGGAAUAGAAGCAGAAAACAUUGAAUUUGCUAAGGGUAAAGGAACAUUUCCAUGCGACAUGUCUGUUAUGGACAUAACCAAUGACCUUGAUUGGACCGUUCGCAGUAGCCAGUUGGACCAACGACCAUUUUACAUUUUAGAUGAUGGUUCUAUGAUUUACUAUAGGGAUAAGACAGAAAAGUUGAAGGAACUUACAGAAGAUGAACGUCGUGAGCUUGUAAAAUCUGAGAAUCGUCGCCUGAACCGUGAUCUACAGUACUCAUGCCCGAGCUCCUCGACUACGUACAGUACUCUAAGAUCUAAAGAAAAAGGUCUCAAAAUUUACCUAAACCAUGAAGACUAAAUAUAAGCAAAACAUAUCAUGUCUUCAUGUCUUGAGGUGCAGUAUAGAGUGGAUGGUGACCUGUAUUCAAAACAGGAUCAGGGAGAAGUUGUAACUGAUAAUGGUGAAACAAAAUACUCUCAUUGGGAUUAUAGAAAAGCAGACUGUUUAUGGAUAUUAGGUUAAUAUACCAGUGCCUAAAACUUUCUUGUAGUCACAACUGCACACCUCUGGCAAUGGUGUUAAAUAUGUCAAACUUAAACACAGUAUUAUAUGCCCGGUGAUUUAUUCAGAAGAUAAAUGGAGAAAGUAUAAUUUUCACCUCCAUUAUUUGACACUAUGUGUCAUUGAAAAUAAAGAAAACUCUUGAAUAAUGUUUAUUUAAACAAAUAGUAAAUUUCUGUAUAUAAGUUUAAAUUGGUUAUUUUGAGAUGGAAGAUACAGCCUGUAUAUCAUAUAUGCUUGACCCACAUAGUUCUUAUAAUAUAUUUAGUAUUUACAAUACACAAACCACCUCCAUGAUACAAAGAAAAUUUGAAAACUACACAAAAAUACAAAGAUUUGGUACAAAUAUAAUCUGGAAUUCCUUAUAAAACACUAGCAUGUGCGAGAUAUUUUAAAGUGUCAAAGCACCUUAAGGGAAGUGACAAAAGUUUUCAAGUAUUCACACCAGCUUUAUCUCAUUUGUGGAUGAAGAAUAUAUUUUCAUUGCUUCUGUCCACAUACAAAUAUAACUAUAGUAUACAAUAGUAGUGCUGCAAACUUAAACCAACAACAAAAAUAAAUCCUGCUUUUGAUAUUCAGAGUACUGUACUGCUAAGCCUAAAGAUAAGGGGAAUAAAACAAAAUUGUUACAUAGAUAUCAAGGGGGAGUAUAGUAAUAGUAUACAAUAACAAUACCAACAAGUUGAUAUUUAAGACACAAGUAUCUUUAUUCUGACACAUUUUUGCCUACACUGUAGGCUUCUUCAGUCAAAUACAGAAGAGGCCUCAGUAGAGAUAGAUGUAAAGGCAAUAUAAUCAGUCCAUCACCAUCCAAGACAUAGAUUUGAGGAGAUCAGUCCCUCAGCCUGAAGAAGAGUUCUGUUCCAUAGUCUGGAACAAUGUGAAACUGAAGCAACAGAAUGGAGACUUGUAUACUGUCAAGAUGAGGCUGAGAAAAUUUUGAUAGAAGAGGCAGGGUCCUCUAGUAGAAGCAAGAAGGUGGUGAUUGAGAGGCAAUGCAGAAAACCUACUGAGCAGGUCCCUCUCAAAUCUAACCCAUCUUGCUUGCAACCAGUGGUCAGGCAAAGGUGUCAAAAAUGUCCCUGUACCAAGAUACUGUUGUGUUGUAGUGUCUUGAGUUUGAAUAUGAUAAUGGUAUACAAUACUGACAGGUUGAUAAUUAAGAUAUGCCUCUGUAUUGGAUUGAAGAAAUCUACUGUGUAGGCGAAAUGUUUAAGAAUAUACCUAACUGUUCCACAAAUGUCCUAAUUAUCAUAUCAAGGGGGACGGGAGAAGGAAAUAGAGAAAUAGACAUGCUCAAGGAUGCCCUUGCUCAAUAUGAAGGUUGAUAUUUAAAAGCUAAUAUGGGUACUUUUUUUUUUUUGUAUCAAUAAAUUUGGAAGGAAUAUUUAUGGUGUAGUUUAUGACGAGGCAUGUGAAUUUUAGCUAACGUAAUUCUUUUUUUUUUAACAUACUGACCAUCUUCCACUGAGGCAGAGUGACCCAAAAAAGAAGAAACAGUUUUUCAUAAUUUGGAAAUGGGAAAUAUAAUUGAAAUAAAGCAGCACCAAACCAAGGAAGUACA